AUGUCUUUGAAGCUUCCUCAGAACCCAAAUGCGGGUCUUUUCAAGCAAGGCUACAAUUCUUAUUUGAACGCUGAUGGCCAGAUCAACAAGUCUAUCGCGGCCGUUAAAGAGAUUCACCAGAUGUGUCUCACGUCUAUGGGACCCUGUGGUCGCAACAAGAUCAUUGUCAACCAUUUGGGCAAAAUUAUAAUCACGAAUGACGCUGCCACUAUGCUUAGAGAGCUAGACAUCGUUCAUCCAGCAGUGAAAGUCCUUGUGAUGGCCACAGAACAACAAAAAAUCGACAUGGGUGACGGUACCAAUCUAGUGCUAAUUCUUGCCGGUGAACUGCUGAACGUGAGCGAAAAGUUGAUCGGGCUGGGUCUCUCUCCGAUUGAAAUCAUCCAAGGUUACAACUUGGCCAAAAACUUCACAUUGAAAGAACUAGACGCCCUUUGCGUCGAGCAGGUAACCGACAAACAUAGCAAAGAGGAGCUGGUCAAGAUCAUGAAACCCGUCAUCUCGUCAAAACAAUACGGUUCCGAAGACAUCUUGAGUGAACUGAUUGCAGAGGCUGUUUCGCAUGUUCUGCCCUCCAAGUCACACAGCUUCAACGUCGACUCCGUCAGAGUCGUGAAGAUCAUGGGUGGCUCUCUUGCCAACUCAGAAGUCGUAAAAGGUAUGGUCUUUAACCGGGAACCUGAGGGCCACGUCAAGUCGCUAGCCCCAGGUCAGAAGCACAAGGUGGCCGUUUUUACUUGCCCAAUCGACACAACCAACACAGAAACCAAAGGCACUGUGCUCCUGCAUAAUGCCCAAGAAAUGUUAGAUUUCACCAAGGGUGAGGAAAAACAACUAAAUGAGAUGAUCAAAGAACUUGUAGAUGCAGGCGUCACCUGUGUUGUCGCUGGUAAUGGUGUGGAUGACCUAGCUCUGCAUUAUCUAAACAGAUACAACAUACUGGUCCUCAAAGUGCCCAGCAAGUUUGAGCUCAGAAGAAUAUGCCGUGUGUGUGGAGCCACGCCAAUGGCCAGACUGGGGGCUCCUACACCUGAAGAAGCUGGUAUUGUGGAGACCGUCAAGACUAUAGAGAUCGGUGGUGACAGAGUCACAGUUUUCAGACAGGAACAAGACGAAAUUACUAGAACAGCCACCAUCGUAUUAAGAGGUGCUACUCAAAACAACCUCGAUGACAUUGAGAGAGCCAUCGACGAUGGUGUUUCCGCAGUUAAGGGUCUUAUGAAACCAGACGGUGGCAAGCUUUUGCCGGGCGCAGCUGCCACUGAGAUCGAAUUGGUUUCAAGAAUCACGCAAUAUGGUGAGCGCACCCCUGGUCUUUUACAACUAGCGAUCAAGCAGUUUGCUGUGGCAUUCGAAGUUGUUCCCAGAACUCUAGCUGAAACUGCAGGUUUAAAUGUUAACGAAGUUCUUCCAAAUCUAUAUGCUGCCCACACGAGCACAAACAAAGAAUCCGAGGACGGUUCUUCCCAAAGUGACGGGAUCUACUAUGGUGUUGACAUUGAUGGAGAAAGCCCAGAAGGAAUUAAAAACGUUAGAGAAGAAGGAACCUUCGAUCUACUUGCAGUCAAGAAGUUUGCCAUUAAUGUCGCCACUGAAGCAGCCACGACCGUUCUUUCCAUAGAUCAAAUUAUCAUGGCUAAGAGAGCUGGUGGACCACAAGUUCCCAAGGGCCCCAAACCUGGAAACUGGGAUCAGGCUGAUUGA